UGUUAUUCAAUUGUUUCGCAAGCAAAUGAUUGCAUCACCGCUUUUGACAGAUGACAGUUUGACGCAUAGAUCCAAAAUAUAAAAAUGUCCAAAUUUCAAGUCACCAAGAAAGAGUUUUUGAAAAACGCGUCGGCGUAUCGCAAUUUUAACGAUCAACAACCCUCGGUCAACACGCAAACUGGCGACCAUGAACAAAUUCAAGAAAUCAAUAUAGAUCUACGUAACGAGAAUGACCCAAAAUGGCGGAAGGAAGUGCUCGAAAAAUUACACACAGAAAAAGAUGAUUCGUUUAAAAAUAUUGAUAUAAACAAAAAAUCGUCAUCAGAGACAAGACAGAGUAAUUCUUAUCGGAAACGACGACGAAUUGAUAUGUUAGCAGAACCUAUGAGACGAAUUAGUUCUAAUAAUCUCCCCGAUCCAUUCAGAGUCCGUCCAAGUGCACUAAACCACAUCCCAUCUCAUCGAAUUCAAGAUCUUGCAAUGCCCAGACGAUUACAUGCGCGUCCUCCAACAAAACAAUCUGAUAAUGAAUCAAUAAAUGCAUCCAAAGAUGAAAAUAGCACGGAAAACUGUAAGAAGCAACCAUACGAAAUUUCAGAAAGACUUAAGUCAUUAGCACAGCCACGACGUGAUUUUGGUUAUGAAGCAGUAAUGCGAUUGGUUUCUAAUUGUACUAACCGCCCAAUGGCCACUAUUAUGAAUCCUAAUCAGAGUAAUAGUGAAGUGCGCAUGCAGCGCAUGGCAAGACUUGCCGAAUUGACUAAAAUACCAAAACAUAAAUUGGUUAAAGUUCAGGAGAAGCUGCCUGGCGCGGUGGCUUAUUCAGCGUUAGUGUGUCGUGCUUCCGCUAGAGUUGAAGAAUUAGCUGGGCCGAAGAUACGAAGAACUCCGAGGGAUAAUGAAUAUGCGUUUAAAACUCGACCCGCAGCGCUGAGAUACAAUCCGUCGGCGCGCAUUGAAAAUUUAGCGAUUGCUAAAAUCAGGAGGAAUGAUUCCAAUUUGUAGCUCGUGAUAUUUCGUUGAUAUUUUGAAUGAAAAAAUUUAGAAUUUAAAUCAAGCAUUAUUUAGUAAUAAAUCAUAAUAUAUAUGAUCUUUAGUAUAACCUA